UCAGUCCAAUUUCGUCCAUCGUGAAGUACAUGUAUUCGUACGCUCGUGAUAAAUAGUUUCGGUUUCCCAUGCCCACCUGUGAAUAAGACAUCGAAUAUCUUUCCCCUUUCCUUUCGUUCCCGUCAUUUUCAAUCUGGCAGACUUUUCGUGUGUGCCUUGAAGAAAAGCAACGAAUAGUAGCAUUCAUAUCUUAUUCCACGAAAUCCCCACCUGCUUCGAUUGAUACGAAAAGCGUAGAUUUAAAGUCUACCUUUCACUGCACAGCGAAACGUCCUCCAGCAUACAUUUCAGUAAGUGUACCUUGGGCCGGUCUAAAAAAGGUCACAAACUAGCCAAAGGGAACCGAUAGACCUAACAUAAGGCGAUAAUACAAACGAUCCAUCAAGUAAAAUGACUGGCAAAAAACGACCAGUUUAUGUGCAAUAUGUACUCGGCGGUCUAUCUGGAAUUGGAGCAACAUGUGUGGUUCAGCCGCUGGAUUUAGUGAAAACCCGAAUGCAAAUUUCUGGCAUGGGUGGAGCCGCGAAGGAGUACAACAAUACAUUUGAUGCAAUUGGCAAAAUCAUCCGUCGCGAGGGUCUUCUGGCCAUGUACAAGGGCUUAAGUGCGGCAAUAAUGCGACAGGCCACCUACACAACGACUCGUCUCGGUGUGUACACGUCGCUUAAUGACACCUACAAACAAAAAACAAAUAAAGCACCCAACCUAUUGAUAUCGAUGGCAAUGGGCAUGACGGCAGGGGCGGUCGGAUCGUUCGUCGGAAAUCCCAGUGAACUGAUUUUGAUCCGUAUGACUGCCGAUGGAAGACUUCCGGUUGCGGAAAGGCGUAACUAUACGGGUUUUUUUAACGCACUUUUCCGCAUCGCACGGGAAGAAGGAGUUGUGUCUCUUUGGCGUGGAUGUGUUCCAACAAUGGGCCGCGCCAUGGUAGUUAAUGCCGCACAGCUUGCUUCGUACUCACAGGCCAAGGCAUACUUGGUCAGCUCUGAGCUGAUGAAGGAAGGCAUUGGACUUCACUUCACGGCUAGUAUGUUUUCGGGUUUAAUCACCACCGCUGCUUCACUACCAGUUGAUAUUGCGAAAACAAGAAUACAAAACAUGAAGGUUGCUCCUGGUGGGCAGCCGCCGUACAAGAGUACCAUCGAUGUGAUCGUCAAAGUAGUCCGUCACGAGGGUCUAUUUGCUCUUUGGAAGGGUUUUACUGCCUACUACGGCCGACUCGGACCGCACACGGUUCUUACGUUUAUCAUCCUUGAACAACUGAACGGGUUGUAUAAUAAGCACAUUAUGGGUAUCGAGGGUUCCAAAUCGGGUCUCUAGAAUUCGCUGCCAGAUCGAUCGGUCCGUCGAUUAUUGGUUUAUUAGCGGGAUUCUUCCGCAGAAGCAUUUCUUUCGAUGGCAAUUCAAACCUUUUUUUUGUUGUUUUUUUCGUCACUAAUUCGUCGUACAUAAUAGUAAAAAUAUCAUAAUUCGAUGAAGCACUUGUUGCAAAUGAAAAAUAUCGCGUGAAACGCAUGUAUAUCUGAAUCAGUAAAAAAGUAAUGAACUAUUUCCAAACUUCUGUUCCUAACUGGCGGGUGACCUUCAUAUAAUUGCACCUGUUGUUUUAGCGACAUUCUUUAGACGAUUUAUUUGCACUUUAUUCACGGUUCCGGCAAGGGUGCACUCUGUCAACAGUCCGUGUCCGUCCAUUGACAUUGGCAUCCUGCCAAGAAUGAUAUGAACCAUAUGCGCAUUACUAAAAAGAUGUAGUGACUCUUACUAGUGCAUAGUGCAAUUUUGGCCACAUGCCAACAUUGGUUUGCGUUUGAUGCGUAAACUUGAAUGGAAGCGAUUCAACAUUGGUUUGUUUUUUUUUUCAACUCGUGUUGCCUUUAGAUCAGUGGAGCAGGAAAGCGGGAAAAGUAGCCAAUGCUCGUCACAAUAUAUGCGGGAUUACGAUGAAAGAAUGAAGAAGUAAAUCAAAGGCACUCCCGAUCCUGUUUUCAGGAAUAAAGAAACCCCGUUCCCAAUAACACGUGGGGUAGGCUUACGUAUAUUAGAUGUAAACAUGUAUAUUUUUCUAUAGAGCCUAGAAACGAAUAGUAACAAAAUAAUAAAGCAAAAGAUCGCACAGCGUGUAGAUAGAGUGACCUCUUUAAGAAACACUCUGUAAAAGAGAA